GCGGGAGGUGCGGGCAGGGCGGCGGCGCAAGCCCAGACCUUGACCGACCUAGAGGAGGGCUCAGACCUGAGACCCUCCGGGUCUGGGGUGACACAGGUCCCUGAGAAGCGCCUUCAGCGAAGUCAAGGUUGACCUUGGCCUGCUGCGCUCCUGGCCAGCCCGGGGCACGCUCACGCUGACCUCAGGCUGCUCUUCACACCAGGCUGGAGUGACCCACACCAGGCCCUGCUCUCUAGAGCUGUAAACCCUCAACCAGCCAGUGCCCCUAUCCCAGUCCUGCGGCCUUCGCCAUGGUGAAGUUGCUGCCAGCCCAGGAGGCCGCCAAGAUCUACCACACCAACUACGUGCGCAACUCACGCGCCGUGGGAGUGAUGUGGGGCACGCUCACCAUCUGCUUCUCCGUGCUGGUCAUGGCUCUCUUCAUCCAGCCCUACUGGAUAGGCGACAGUGUGAGCACACCACAGGCGGGCUACUUCGGCCUCUUCUCUUACUGCGUGGGCAACGUGCUCUCGUCUGAACUCAUCUGCAAGGGUGGCCCUCUGGACUUCUCCUCUAUCCCCUCCAGAGCCUUCAAGACCGCCAUGUUCUUCGUGGCCUUGGCCAUGUUCCUCAUCAUUGGCUCCAUCAUCUGCUUCAGCCUGUUCUUCAUCUGUAACACGGCUACCGUCUACAAGAUCUGCGCCUGGAUGCAGCUGGCUGCAGCCACAGGCCUAAUGAUCGGAUGCCUGGUCUACCCCGACGGCUGGGACUCCAGCGAGGUGCGGCGCAUGUGUGGUGAGCGGACUGGCAAGUACACGCUGGGCCACUGCACCAUCCGCUGGGCUUUCAUGCUGGCCAUCCUUAGUAUUGGAGACGCUCUCAUCCUCUCCUUCUUGGCUUUCGUGCUGGGCUAUCGACAGGACAAGCUCCUCCCUGAUGACUACAAGGCAGAUGGGAAAGAGGAAGUCUGACGUGACCGAGGCCUGGCGAGGCACACUUCGGGCAGGACAUUAUUUCCCUGGCAAAGAAAAUCAUAACUCAGAUCUUCAGAGAUGAAAACUUUCCCUCCAGCUUCCUGCUCUCAGAUCUUUCAGCCUGAGGCAGAGAGUCCCAGGACAGGGUAGAACCCGUCAGUCUCCUGCUGCGCAGACAACUGUCCACAGCAGACACCACCACAGAAGGUGCAGCAAUCCACAAGACGGCAGUCAGAGCUGAGUGGCUGAGGGUGCUUCCCCACAGAGACCCACGGCCUCUUCUCAGCCAGCGUUUCCCAUCAGCAGGCCAUCUCACUCUUUGGUGACCUCUCUGCUGGACAUUAGGUGUAUGAUCCAUGUCUGCGGGUCAGCAGCGCCCCUUUGCCUUCCCUUGUUUUCAUAUUGCUGCCCAGAGAUGAAUGAGGAAUAGACAGCAAACAUAGGCUCAGGAAUUUCCCAAGUUCAGCCGGGCAGUGGUGGUGCACGCCUUUAAUCUUACCACUUAGGCAAAGGCAGGCGGAUCUCUGUGAGUUCGAGGCCAACAUGAUCUACAAAGUGAGUUCCAGGACAGCCAGGGCUACACAGAGAAACCCUGCCUCAAAAAGCAAAACAAUAUAUAUGUCCCCCAAAAAGGCAUUCCCAAGUUCAAUCUGACUCCUCAUUGAAAUCAAAACUUGUAUUUCCCACAGUGCCCAGAGUCCCAGCCAGAUGGCUUCUGGCUUCAGAAACUUGCCAUUUACAUAGAAAUAAAUUUCCACAGUAUGAUCUAGCAUUCCUGUGAGAAACUUGGGAUUUGAAAAGCCUGCUGGGUGAUCUUCUGCCAGGGAAGACAUAGCUGUGUGCUGAGCCGCUCUGUCAGCUAGCUCAGAGCAGACAGGCUCAAGAGGGAGGAGCCAGGAGGAGGGUGUGACUCUUGCCCAGCAUGCACAGGCCGCGGACCUGACCCCCAACACUGACAAGGCAGGGUGGUACACGCCUAUAAUGCCAGCAUGUGGUAGGCCAUCUCUGAUGACAAAGCAAGUAUGAAGCCAGCCUAAACUACUUGAGACCCUGUCUCAAAAACCUA